AUGCCUCUGAUGCCACGAAAAUUUGAUCAACAUUUUGUCUUUUCUUUUGCUCUCUCUCUCUCUCUCGGGGCGAUUUAUGAAAAUUGCAGAGUCUUCAAUUUUGAUAUUGACAUCUUACUCUUUUCUUCUUCUAUAUUCUUCUUCUUCUCACAGCCGACAGGUGCACAACCCGAGCAGUACGAAACCGCACGAAUGAUGGAACUCCGUCGCGUGUACCAACGCGCCAUUUCCGUUCCCACGCAAUCCCUGGAAUCUUUAGUGACUGACUACGAGGCUUUUGAAAAUUCGUACGAUAAAAAGUUUGCGAGAACGUUGCUCGCCGAAAGCACUCCGAAAAUAUUCGCGUGUAAAACCGCAUACAAAGAGCGCGAAGCUUUAAACGCGGCUCUCUUCGAAGGUUUAGGUUACGAUUUGCGAGUGCAUAAGAACGGUAUUGCCGUGGGUGAUCCCGUGCACACGACGAAAGCUGCGGAUUGUCAUUUAGACGCGUUUCGACGAUUCAUCGCGUGGGAGAAAACGAACCCGCAGAAAUUGGAAGCGGUAGGCAUUGUUAGCAUCGCAGCGGCAAAGAAAGCAGCAGCAGAUAAACUAGAAGAAGAGCCGCCUCGCGUUCGAGAACGCAUCGCUCUAGCGUACGAAAAGUGUUUGUUGACGUGCGAGAACUACCCAGAAGUUUGGUUAGAAUACUCUCACUGGCACGAAAGUGCAGGACGAGCGGGAGAUGCGGCUGAAAUAUUGUCCCGCGCGCGCAUAGUGCUUCCGGGGUCAAUCAUGCUAUUGCUUGCUGCCGCUGAUUUAGAAGAGUCGCAGCAAAACUUUGAAGGGAUGAAAGCUGUGUACGAAUCGUACAUGGGUUCGUACGAAGAGAAGCGCGAAGCUGAGAAAGCAGCAGCGGGGGGAGAAGGUACAAUCGUUAAAAUGAUGGACGAUGACACUUCGGUCGUGUACGCCGAAUAUAUUCGCGCGUGUCGACGCUCGGAUUCCCAAGCUUCCUCUCGAAAGGCUUUCUUGCGCGCGCGUAAAGCUCCCGGAUGCAGCUGGCUCGUUUACGCCGCCGCCGCUUUGGUGGAAUGGCGCUACGAUGAAGCCGAUAAACCGUGCCGGAAUGUAUUUGAACUCGGUCUCAAGACGUACAUGGACGUACCCGCGUACGUGUUGACGUAUACAAAUCACUUAAUAUCGCUUGGAGACGUUGGGAAUACGAGGGUAGUCUUUGAACGCGCAUUGAGCGUAGGAAAACCAGACGUUUCCAUCUUUGACGCUUUUGUGAAAUUUGAGCACGAGUACGGCUCGUACGAAUCAUUUCGCGCCGCUGAAAUUCGGAGAAGCGAGUUUUUAGAACCUAGCGCGGCGGCGUCCAUGAUAGAUCCAGGGAUUUUCUCGAGAAUGACGGUGGCGAAAUUAGUCGCGAACGUUUUUGAACGACACAACUUCAUCCCAGACGUCGCGCCUUUGAGAAGCGAAAGUUUAUCUCACUACGCGAAACUUGGCGUGUCUUCUAUUCGGAAGCACAUCGCCAUGUCCGUUGCCUCGGGUAAAAAAGAAAUCUCUCGACCGAAACCACCGCCACCGCCGAAAGCGCCUAAAGGUGCGCCUCCUCCUCCUCCGAAAGUUGUUUCCGCCGAGGCGCCCUCGUCGUCGGCUCUACACGACGCGAAGACGACGACUGCGCCGCGCGCGGCGCCUCCGUCCAUCGGUCUUUCCGCUUUACCUGUCGUAGUAGCACCUCAUCUCCCGGAAACGCUGCGAGAGUUGUUUAAUAAGCUUCCCGGUCCGGUAGCGUUCGCGAAAAUGCCAGCACCGAGAGUCGACGCGGUCUUGGACGCUUUGAAAAACGCAGAUUUGACCAUCGAAGGCAAAGCUGAGUUGUUGGCGCAAAUGCAGGGUAAAGAUACUCGACCGCAAAGCAUGGGCUCGAAAAGAACGGCGACGCAAAUGAUGACUCCCGAUAUGAUGACAGGAGGCGAACCGUCGUCGUCGUUCAGAAUGCCCACGAAGGAUGUCUUUCGCGAGCGACAAUCUAAGAUGCAAAAAGCAUCGGCGGAGUAUCAAUAG